AUGUCCUUGUUCAACCGCAGCAACCAUCACGGUCACCGCCAUUCAGCAUUCAAGCUGAGCGGAGUGGCGAGCACCGAACCGACGGUUCGGAGAGUGUCACGAACGCAUGAUGACUUUGAAGCGGCGCUAAGGAGCGAAGAUACAGUGGUGUUGCAGGAGGGACGGGAUAUGCACACGCUUGGCCAUGCAGAUACUCCCCACAGGAACCGAAGUGGUUCAGUCAAUCUCACUGCGCCAACGGGCCUCUAUCGACGUCAUCGGCCGUCGCCAGACUGUUUCGACUCCGAAACACUCGGUGUCCAAACACACCCCUGCAACCCCUGUCGUCGUCCCCCCUACUCCCACGCCCCUGAAGAAGACGAUUCCCGACGCAGGAGCAUACGCAGCCGCGAGGAGCAGCCGGAGGAGAGAGAGCGCACACGGUCGACCACAUCCUCGGCCUUUGAGAUUAUCGAGGCCCAUACUCCGUCUAAGUCCAGAGAUCGUGCGCUCACAUCCCCAGACUCCCAGGGUCAGCGGCGCACAACCGCCUCGCAAAGGCUGAAAAAACACUCGGGAUAUCACUGCGAUGUCGGCGAAGGUCGCUCCGACCGGGAGGGUAAACGUUCUACCCCGACCACGCCCGUCGCGACCCAACAACACUCGUUUGCUCCCCCCGUCCCCACUAUCCCACUCGAAUACCGAUCUUCGCCACCUCAACAAGCCUAUUUCCCCACUAAUACUCAACAGUCCUUGCUUAGUACCCAGUUAUCCGAUAGCCCAGCCCAAACGCCUAGUUUACCUAGUGCUGACCCGUUCAUUGCAGACACUUGUUCUACUCAAUCUAGCCCACUAAUUACACCUACCGCUUCUUCCUCGCAGCCUAUGAACGGACCGCGCCACAUGAAACCUCUCCCACCUAUCCAAAAACAAUUUCCACCUGUACCUGUAGAUGACCGUUCCGACACUGAUGAUGAUACUCCCCUUGCGCCCCGACCAAACCCCCCGGCCCGACUAGAUCAAAGCCAACACUCGAAGGUCGAGCAAGGCCUCCAUCGAACCAAAACCAAGGCUCCCCUCGGAUACGCGUCUGGGACUACCGGAGGAGCAAAUAGAGAAGCGGCUCUUGCUUCUGCUGCAACCACCAAUGUUGCGCCUCGCGAACUUGACCAUAGUGCAACCCUCACUCAGCGAAGUCAUGCUCGCCCGUCGUUCCCUCGACAGUCCAAGGACGGGCGAAGGAGGAGCAUGAGUAGACGCGCUGCUUCCCCUCCGAGAGCAUCGAUGGAUGACGCAGUGGCCAACAAUUCCGAGUCCGACGAAGACCGAACUGAAGAAGGGCACCCACCACGGGCACCGGUCAUUCUCAUCACGCAGUCGACCAGAGACGGAUGA